CGUGUAUGCAUUCUCUAUAAAUAAGUACAUGUACAACAACUAUGUACCGAGUACUGUUUCGCGUAGGUGUUGCUUAUUUCGCAGCAGUCAAAAUUACUAAUGUUUUCAUUCAACUCUAUAAUCUUCAAUGAAAAUGUGGAAGCUACACUGCAUGUUGUGCGAUGUCUGGCAUGAUGUGAUAUACACGUAGGUGUUUCGAUCAUUUUUUUACUUCAAACAUUCCAUCAAUUUAUCUCUCUGUAUAGUUACCAAUCAGUAUAUUUUCACGUACGUAAAUGGACUGAUGCGAUUUUUCGAAUCGUUUAAAUUGUUGAAUUACAACUUCGCAGCUUCGAGGUGCGCGUGACCAUGUCCAAGGAUUUUGAAUUAUUAAACAGUUUCGAACGCAGUGAUAGUUUGUGCUCGCCUUCGCCGCAAGUCAAAUUGCUCAAUUUACUGUUAUCCGGAAACGUUGAAAAGUUCGUCGAAGUUUUGAAGAAUAAUUUAGGCAGUGUUGAUGUGAAUUAUUUCUACGAAGAGCCGGAAAAUGGUACUUUGUUGGAUAUCGCUUGUCGAUCGAGAGGUAAUCGUAAAUUCGUCGAUGUUCUCAUUCAAUAUGGUGCUGAUGUGAAUGCUCCCAACAGUGUGUUUGAUAAGUAUCCUUUACAAGUAGCUGUGGAAAAAUCAGAUACCGAAACACUCGACGCGUUGGUAAAGUGUCUAAAAUGUAAUAUUAAUGCUCUGGAUAAGUUCGGGAAUACAGUUCUACACAUCGCUGCGAAACUCAAUAAGGUUAAUUUUAUAGAAAUUCUAUUGAAACAUCCGAAUAUCGAUAUAAAUGCUGUGAAUCGUAAACAUCAAACACCGUUGCAUCUGGCAUUGACUGAAGGAAGCAAAGAAGCUAUUCGUGUACUUCUAGCAACACCAGAUGUAGAUUUAGACGAGGUGAAAGAUUUUCGUGAUCGUUCUUGUCGCGAAAUAAUUGAAGAAAAGUAUCCGGAGUUUAAAAUGGAUAUGCACACGAUGGGACCAGAAAAAGGCUUAAAUCAAAGUAUGUUCAUAUUCUUGCGCAAUCGCGAUGUAAGAUCAUUCCUUCGACUUGCCAAAGUAAACAAACACUGUUUGAAUGAUAACGACGGUACGUAUACGUACUUACAAUUUGCCUGCGCUCAUGGCAUGGGCGAAGUUACGGAUACUCUCCUCAAUAUCGGAGUAGAUCCUAAUGGAUGCUGCCCUCAUAAUGGCAAACCUCCUCUUAUACUUGCCGCCGAAAGAGGCUAUCAUGAUAUUGUUUUGAGGUUGAUACAAAACUCAGAAACGACAUUGUACCCAGCUGGAGGUACAACAGCGUUACAUGCUGUGAUGAAUGGCAUGUACAAUACCGAUAAAAAUCUUCAAAGUAACUCCGCAGAUUGUAAUUAUCGUAAAUGUCUGGAAAAUAUACUAAAGGAAGCUUCUCGCGAACAAUUAGAACAACUAGAUUUGAAUUUUCGAGAUGACUCAGGCAGUACAGCCUUACAUUAUGCAGCCCAGUUGAACGACGAUGACACCGUAAGAGCACUUUUAGAGGCGGGUGCUUACGUAGGGCAUAAAAAUAAUAACGGUACAAUGGCUUUAGAAUGGAUUGAUCCCAAAGUACUGGAGGAAUACCUCGAUCGUUGCAUUUCUACGAACGAUAAAGCAGCCAGGGAGCAAUCGUACGAGAUUAUUUACAAUUAUAAAAUCCUCGCUCCACCGAGAAAGCAGUCUUAUUACGAAAAGCACGAUUCGGAAAUCGACGAGAAGGAGAUAUACGAUAUUAUUUCUGAAACCGAACCCUUACUAGUGAUGAAUAGUAUUCCCGAAUUGAGACGACUUCUCACACACCCUGUAUUGACCAGUUUCUUGAAUUUAAAAUGGUAUACUAUUAGAAAAUAUUUUUUUAUUAAUUUAGUUUUCUAUUUAACUUUCUGGAUAUCUCUUACUUCGUAUAUUCUGUACACUUACGGUUUCUCUAAUACUAGAAAUUCUACGUCUAAUGCUACAGCACCUGUUGCUGCUGCCGGUGAUGGUUCUAAUCCGUACGUUCCUGUGAAUGAUACUUUGCUGUGGUAUAUUACUCUGAUGUUAUGCGGAGUUUUAUUUCUGAGAGAAUUUUUCCAGUUCAUUAUCUCACCCUGGCCUUAUGUAAAAUCACCCGAGAACUGGCUGGAGAUGGGUUUGAUCUGUAUAAGUGGAGCUGUACUGGUAUGUCAGACUGAUUUGGACGAACGACCUCAGCUGGCAGCUAUCGCUAUUCUGGCUUCUUGGAUGGAGUUGAUUUUGUUAAUCGGCAGACAUCCUUUACUAUCCACCAAUAUAGAAAUGUUUAAAACAGUUUCGUUGAACUUUUUGAAAUUCCUCGCUUGGUAUUCGAUUCUGAUUUUAGCCUUUGCUUUCAGUUUCUAUAUUUUGUUUAACGAUAGAGCGGGCGAAGACGAUAUAUUUUUCCGUAACCCAGCCAUGUCGGUUUUUAAAUCAGUUAUCAUGCUGACCGGUGAAUUUGACGCCGGUUCUAUACCAUUUGGAGAGAAAAUAAGCACCAGUCAUCUGCUAUUUAUUUUAUUCGUUUUUCUCGUCGCUAUUGUUUUGUUUAAUCUGCUCAAUGGGUUGGCUGUCAGCGACACUCAGGCUAUUCGAGCGGAUGCUGAAUUAGUCGGAAUUGUUUCCAGAGUGAAAUUAAUCUCGUAUGUGGAGAAAAUAGCUGUCAGUGAUCCGUUCCCAUGUCUUAGUUUUACCGAUAAGCUUGCUUGUUGUUGUUGCUGUGCUCCGCUGAAACAGGUCACUCGUAGGCGAGAAAGGCAUGUAAAAAUGUUCUACAAACGGAUUAAUUUGUUUCCUCAUACGUUAGCUGAUGAUCAAGUACGUGUUAGACCUAAUGAAGGAAAUACUAUGGUGAUGUCUGAUGCGAUUACCAAGUAUCGCGACGAUGAUGCUUGUUUCGUGAGAUGUGCUGAUUGGAGAAUCGAUCCUAAUAUAAUUAAGGAUACUAAUAAGGUUUUGGAGAAGUAUAGGAAACAAAACGAGGCUCUUAAUUUCACCGAGUUGAUCAAGGAGUAUACCGAACAGUUGAGAGAAUACAAGAUGAAAUUGGAUACUGUUGAAAGUGCUUCGGAAAGGAAUGAAAAAUUAUUGAAGGAAAUUAUGGGUGUUUUGAAACAAAGGUUGUAAACUUUUUAUAUAUGUAUGGGUGCUCAGGUAGCUAGAUAUAAUUAAUAUACGUAUGGGAUGAUUGCAUUUUUUUUGUUUGUUUUAAUUUAGUUGUGUUUAUGUUUUACGAAUAUACGUAGGCCUAUUUUAUUACCUAUUCCACUCGAUUGACUCGUCAGUAUUUUAUAAUUAAUAAUGCAUUUUAAAAUUUUUAUACGCCCUUUUUAAACUUGCCAUUUUUAUGUUAACCUACCUAUGAUUUUUUAAACUAUACGGAUGUGUUAUUUAUACGUAUAUUGUGUAUGUAAAUUAACGCUGUGUUACGUGCAAUAUUUUAUAACUGUUUCUUAGCUAUAAGUACCUACCUAUCAACUUUUUAUCUAAACUGUUAAUUAAUCGUUGUUGUGUUUUGCUAUAUUUAUUACCUACUUAAGUCAAAUUUGAUAGUUAAAGUAAUUGUAAUAUAACCCUACCAUUAUUUAUUUGUUACUUUCUCAACAAAUAAAUGGAAUUAUCUGUGUUUAA